GCCGCACGGAGAUAACCUAACUUUUGCGCGUGUUUUUGUUUUGUUUCAUGCUGAAGACUCUCCGGUGUCUCUGCCCCAUUUCCGGACGUUUUUCCCAGCAGGUACUCAGUGCUGUGAUGAGUACCUUCGCGCAGGUGUUUAACCCCAUAUCGGGGCAAAUGGAGUGGGAAGUGCGAAGUAGUGAUUAUGAUUUCUAUCAGGAAGUAGCGAGAUCUGACUAUGGGGACAUGCUGCACGAUCAGGAGCGCAAUCAGAAGUACUACGCAGCCCUCAAGGGGGCCAUUGCGAGUCUCCACAGUCGUGGGCUGAAGGCGAAUGUGCUGGACAUUGGCACCGGGACGGGACUCCUGUCAAUGAUGGCUGUUGCCUCGGGGGCGGAUACUGUGGUGGCGUGUGAAGCCUUCAAACCCAUGGCAGACUGCGCUGAGCGGAUAAUUGCUCGCAAUGGGAUGAGUGAGAAGAUAAAGCUCAUCAAGCUGCGAUCAACGGAGAUUAAAAUUGGUCGAGAUAUGGAGGCAAGGGCCAACAUCCUCGUGACGGAAGUCUUCGAUACGGAACUCAUUGGGGAGGGAGCCAUUGACAUCUUCCGGCAUGCCCAUCGGAAUCUCUUGGAGCCCGGAGCCACGGUGAUCCCACAUUUUGCACGAAUCUACGCUCAAGUGGUGGAGAGCCCCCUUGUGGCGGCUUUCAAUAAGCCCAAAAUGCUGGCCACGCUGGACGGGGAGGUGCUCCUGAAGACACCCACGGAGAUUGUCAAUUGCCCCGGAUCGACGUCUCUGCAUGAAGUUCAGCUCAAUCAGCUGCCGCUUGAUUCAUUCCGCACCCUCACGGAGCCACAGGAAGUCUUUGCAUUCGAUCUCAGCGGGAAGACUGAGCUGGAGAACGACCGGAGGCAUGUGGUUGAGUGUAAAUCCCUCCAAACGGGAACAGUUCAAGCGGUUUUCAUGUGGUGGGAUUUGCAAAUGGACGACAGGGGGGAGAUUCUCCUCAGUUGCGCUCCCUUCUGGGCACAUCCGGAUUUCGCAGCGCUCAAAUCUCACGCUUCCGCACGGAAGCCCCUUUCAAAUGUCAUCCCAUGGCGUGAUCAUUGGAUGCAGGCACUGUAUUACCUUCCGCAGGACGUCACUGUGCAGCAGGGGCAAUCCUUCUCCCUGGUGGCAUACCACGAUGCCCUCUCGCUGUGGUUCGAUGUGACAACAAACAUUCCGGAAGAGCGAACCCUCUCACCGCCCUUCUGCACGUGUGGCUUCCACGUAGCCUGCUCCCGGACACGUAUUGGGCAGAUUAAUGAUCACCAGAGGAACAAGAAGUACCUCAGACUCCUCGAGGAGAUCCCCGCGGCAGCCAAAGUUCUCGCAAUUGGCGAUGGAAGCCUCCUCGGGCUCGCCACGGCCAAAAUGGCCAACUGGACGUACUACCUGAACUUCAACUACUUCUCCGAGAAGAUCACGAAGCUCUACGUCACGGCGAAUGGGCUCCACAACGUCACCAUCGUCAACAAUGUGGAGAGUAUCGAGAAGGAUCUCCAGGCUGUGACGCAUGUUGUUGCUGAGCCACAUUUCAACACUUCCAUCCUGCCCUGGGAUAAUCUCUUCUUCUUCAAGUUCAUCAAGACACGGCUUGCUGAUCUGCUGCCAGCGGAUGUCACCAUUUCUCCUGCAAAAUGUGACAUUGAGGCAGUUCCGGUGGAAUUUUUGGAUCUCCAUAAGAUCAGGAAGCCUCUGAGGAAUGUUGAGAACUUCAACAUUGAGGACUUUGAUAAAAUGCUGGAGAAAGCAUCCGCAUUGGCUGAUUCAAAAUUCGAAGCUCAUCCCCUGUGGGAGUAUCCAUGCCUAGCAUUGGCAGAUCCCAUGAAGAUCUCUUCAGUUGACAUUGAGAGUUUCCCAGAAUCCUCAAAUACCUUCACAACAACAUCAAAGUUCAAAAGUUCCGGAAGUUGCAAUGGGGUGGCUUUCUGGGUUGUGUGGCACCUCGAUCGGUCCGGAAGUGAUAAAUUGAAGAUCAGCACAGGGCCCAGGGAGACAAUUGAACCGGGAAAAUUCAUCAAAUGGGACACAUUCACGAAGCAGGGAGUUUUCUUUGUUGUGGAUCCCAUUCCUGUGACAAUGGAGCAGCCGUACCAGCUCGAUGUGAAGUUCAGUGCAACAGCAGGACCUGUUGAAUGUAAAUUAUCCCCAUCUCUGGAUGAUGGAGGAGUGGUUAUUGAUUAAACAAGUUGAGACAUUACAAA